UAGGCACCCUGCAUUCGCGCCGCAAUUACUGUAAUGUGACAUUGAUCACUGUAUCGCCCAAAUGAUCACCAAUCAGCUGAGUGGUGUAGUGCUGCCAACCUGUUUAGUGUUGUUUGGAAAAGUGCGCGUAGUUUUAAGACCGUACAAAAACCAUCCACAAAAUGCAUUAAAAAACCUCCCAUGUGCGUUAGUUUGUGCUUUUAUCAUACAAAAUUAACAAGAUUUAUAGAUGCCUUUUGUAUAAUUUGAAUAGUAGAAACUGGCAUACUUUAACCCCUUAUACCGUUUUAAGCUACAGCUGAGCAUAUGGCCUGCAGUCGGAAAUCAAAAAGCGCAUGGACUCAUCUUUUCUGCCGGAAUUCAAAAAACAAGUGCCACGGAUGGCGAAAGUGUGCCGAGUGUGCCUGGAUUCAUAACUGAGUACCACCUGAAAAGACAUACCACCAGUCACAAGAACAACCAGACGGCCGAAAUGAGCAAAAUAAAGCCUCUUGGAAGUAAGAACACGUAUCGUAGACCGUCGCAGCAAAAUAAGACUCUAGAAGACCACAACAAUGACCGUCCGGAAAGCAUUUGUCCCAGAAAAAUUCGUAGUACCGCAGAACUUUUGUGUCCGCAAUGCUAUAAAUGUUUUGACUCACAGUACAAGCUCGAAUUUCACAUUAAUAAGACGUGCCAUAAAUGUCCCCAGUGCUCACGCUUUUAUGUAAACGAACGUAGCCUAAGAAGACAUCAACAAAAGCACAUGCCACUGGCAGCCUUAGAGUGCACGCGCUCAUUCCCGAACAUGAAUGAGGCGAUACAGCACCAUGUCAAGCAAAGCGGCGUUGGCCUGUUUAAAUGCCAAGAAUGCAAUGCGGAAUUCAUCGACAUCCUUUAUCUGCAGAUCCACAGUAAAGAGCACUUUAAUGAACAUGGUCAAAGCAGUCUAUUGAGACAUACCAAGGACGACAUUCCAAUGGCAGCCUUAGAGUACACGCGUUGCCCGCACUCAUUUCCGAACAUGGAUGAGGUGAUGAAGCACCGUGUCAAACACAGCGACGUUGGCAUGUUUAAAUGCCAAGAAUGCAAUGCAGAAUUCAUCGAGAUACUUUAUCUGCAGAUCCACAGUAAAGAGCACGCUGGUGAGCAAGGCCAACUGGAGCGUAGCCAAGGAGGUACGCCCCCUAGUGCCACGAAACAGAUCGACUCGGACUCCGAGGAGAUUGAUUGUGAAAUGCUCUCCUGCAGUGACAGUCCACCAUUGGUAAAGAUGAUGAAGCUCACUGACCCCGAACCUGCUAUAUCAAACCCCACGAAAAAGGACUGCACGACCGAAUGCUUACCAAAAAAACGGAAUAUUACGUGUCAGGAGUGCGGUAUGAAAUUUACGUAUAAAAACAUGACUAGGCAUAUGCGUGUUCACACUGGCGAGCGUCCCUUCGAGUGCACGUAUUGCGAGAAGAAAUAUACGCGCAAGAUUCACCUAGAUGAGCACAAUCGUAUUCACACUGGCGAACGUCCUUACGGGUGCUUGACUUGCGGCAAGAAAUUUAUUCGCAAGUAUUCUCUGGUUAAGCACAUUCGGGCCCACACUGGCGAAGGACUUUUCGAUUGCUCGCAGUGCGACAAAAAAUAUAGAGAUAAUUACGCGCUAAAGCACCAUUUUCGUAAUAUUCACAGUGGCGAACGUCUUUACGAGAAACAUAAGCAAGGGUGCUCCAAGAAGAAGGAGAAAAGGCUUUGACGAAAGUUCUUAACUUGAGAUACGCGAAAAAGGCGUCGAACAACAGCAAUAUGCCUGAUUGUGUCCGAUUUCUAUUGCGUCUUUAAUUUUCUGUUUGUCAAGCUUUUUGCUGGUUAAUGAUGAAAUGACAUUUAUUUAGAAAACACUUAAGAACUUGUUAUAUUAUUGAAUAAUUCUU